AUGGUCCAAGUCCGCCAGUGGGAGCUACAUCAGCUUGAAGAAAAGCCCCUCACGCAUCCGACUGUCCGCUGGGUUGAUAUGCAAGAGGUCAUUCGCGGUCGACAGAAGACAGUGAGGGAGAGUACAGUCAGCAAGGACGACUCAGGCGACGAGUUAUACAUUGAUGACGAGGACGAUACCGAGGAGGUUGUCGUGGGCGUAGCCCCGGCCUCCUAUUUUAUUCCCAUUUUCUCCGAUUUAUUCCACGUUUGUACGACCCUCCAAACGUCGUCGGCGCAUUAG